CCUUUCGAAAGGCAUCGAUCGGCAUCGAUCGUGUUGUGCUGUGCAGUACUUACCGGCCGGUACAUCAGCUACGAUUGUACUCGUAACAAGCGACCGUUGCCGGUACGUAAUCUGUACCCUACCUGUACUCCUACGAUGCAACACAAAAACCCUGUUUGAAAAAAGUGAUCUUGGUUGACUUUCAACUGCAUUUCACGACAACAACUGCUGCUACCGUGCGCAUCUGUGAAUCACCAUCGUCGGUUCCACAACAACGUGAUUGGACGGUUUCCCAAACAGAACGCAUCGAUACACCGCCCGAUAGAUCGACCAGGAGAUCGUUGAAUCGAAUCGAACAAAGCUAAACCGCACCGUACCCCACCACACCGAACCAUGAGCGACGAGCAAGCCAACAACAACGACGGAGCGGCGGAAGCAGACGCGAACGCCGACGCCCCGGCACCGGCCGCCCCGGCCCCUCCCGCGGAGGAAACCCAGCAGCAACGGGAGCAGACCGAGCGGGAGCAGGUCCUGGACGACUACCGCGCGAAGAUCCGGGAGCACCGCGAGGUGGAGGCCCGUCUCAAGCGCAUGAGAGAGGACGUGAAGGGCCUCGGGAAGCGCUACCAGAAGACGGAGGACGACCUGAGCGCCCUCCAGAGCGUCGGCCAGAUCAUCGGGGACGUCCUGAAGCGGCUGGACAACGAGCGGUUCAUCGUCAAGGCCUCAAGCGGUCCCCGGUACGUGGUGGGCUGCCGAACGCGCCUGAGCCACGGCAAGCUGAAACCGGGAACCCGCGUCGCCCUCGACAUGACGACGCUGACGAUCAUGAGGGUCCUGCCGCGGGAGGUCGAUCCAACGGUCUUUCACAUGCAGGCCUCCGAGGAAGACGGGGGCGUCUCCUUUGCGGACAUUGGUGGAUUGAACGAACAAAUCAGAGAACUCAGGGAGGUCAUCGAACUGCCCUUGACGAAUCCCGAACUCUUCACGAGAGUUGGAAUCAAGGUACGCCACAAGCAAGGAAGGCACUGGAACGGGAGGGGAUAGACUGGCUUUGUUUCUCGUUUUUCAAUACCUGCGUCUCUUUCGGCGAUGGAACGGAAUGCAGCGUGUUUGUUGCGUUAAGUGCAGUGCAGUGCGUCUUGUUGCGGACCCAUCUUUCUGAUCCAUUGUUUUCCAUUCGUCACAUUGCAUUUUAUGUCGAAACAGGCACCAAAGGGAGUUCUUCUGUAUGGACCUCCCGGGACGGGUAAAACCUUGCUGGCGCGUGCACUGGCCAGUAACAUCAAUGCCACAUUCCUAAAGGUCGUGGCGUCGGCCAUUGUAGAUAAGUAUAUCGGAGAAUCGGCGCGUGUGAUUCGAGAAAUGUUCGGCUUUGCCAAAGACCACAGCCCCUGUGUGAUUUUUAUGGAUGAAAUCGACGCCAUUGGAGGGAGUCGUUUCUCGGAGGGAACCAGUGCAGAUCGCGAGAUUCAGCGAACACUGCUGGAGCUUUUGAACCAAAUGGACGGAUUCGAUGAUACCGGAGGCCAAGUUAAAAUGGUCAUGGCCACCAAUCGUCCCGAUAUUCUGGACCCCGCCCUCCUGCGUCCCGGUCGGCUCGACCGCAAGAUCGAGAUUCCGGAACCAAACGAAACGCAGCGCCUGGAAAUCCUCAAGAUUCACGCGGGCAACAUUACCAAACGCGGGGACAUCGACUUUGAAAGCGUUGUCAAGCUGGCCGACGGUCUGAACGGGGCCGACAUGAGAAACGUGUGCACGGAGGCCGGUCUCUUUGCCAUUCGGUCGGAUCGGGACUACGUGCUGGAGGAGGACUUUAUGAAGGCCGCGCGGAAGAUUCUCGAAAACAAGAAACUGGAAUCGAAACUGGACUACAGCAAGGUCUAGAAAGCCGUCUGUGGUUGCCGGCAAAAUCCAGACCCUUCUACACUAUAAUUACAACAGAGAGGAUAAAAUAAUCAGAAUUUG